AUGGACAGCGCAGCGAGGGUUCCCCCAUGACCAGUGUGGUUAAGUUUCAGGGGGCGAACAUUCUACUGAGUCUUCAGAGAAAGGGCAGGAAAAGUGUGUGUAGUAUGCGCGUCCAAGAGUUUGGACUCUGGAGGGACAAUUAUUAUUAUUAUAUUAAAAAACAAAAAAAAUCUAAGAGGGAGGGUAGCUGGGCAGAGGUGGAGGGGGGCGGGGGGGGGGACAAUUACAAAUUGUGUCAAACAAUUGUGUUCAGGUUGCGGCGGUGUUGAAAAUGUCCGCUUGAUUGUUCGUCCAGUCGGUCGUUUUUAUAACGACACAAAUUGUGUUAAAACGUAAAAAUUAAAAAAAGUGUGGUCCGAGUUGCGGAGGUGAGGAAGCUGGCGGCUGCCAGUGUCGUUCACUUCGUCGGUUUUCGAAUGGAGGGCAAGAGGGCCAUGUGUUGCUUGGCCCACAAAUUCGCGUCUGAGCUGCGGCGGUGGUGAAUUUCGCCGCUGGAGAUUGGCCCCCAGUUGCUGGAUUUUGAUGGAGGGCAGGUAGGGAGGUUAGGCUACUACACGUUGCCUGCCCUCCCUGAAAUUGGCGUUCGAGUUGUGGGGGUUAUGUGGGGGUUAUGUGUUGCGUGGGCCGCAAAUUCGCGUUCGAGCUGUGGCGGUGUGGAAUAUUGCCACAGCGACUGGAGAUUGGCCCCCAGUUGUGUGAUUUUGAUGGAGGGCGGGUAGGGAGGGAGGCUACACGUUGCCCUCCCCCCUUUGAAUUGGUGCUCAAGUUGUGCCGGUGUUGAGUAUGGUCGCUGGAUUGCUGCGAAAAGCGUGUUCCGUGUUGCGGAGGAUGGCCGCCGGCAGGAGAUUGUCCUCCGCUUGUCGUUUGGAAUGGAGGGCAAGAAGGGAGGGAGGCUGUGCGGGUGUGAAGAAUGCCUUCAACGUUGCGGCAGCGUCGAGCGCGGCCGCUGGAUUUCGGUUGUUGUCCGCUUGCUUGCUUGUCUUCCGAUGAAGCGCAGGAGGGCUGGACAUUGCCGACCUCACGAAUCUGUGUUCGGUGGUGGAUUGGUUGUUGUGUGCUUGUUCAUUUUUGUAAAAUGAAGGGCAAAAAUGAAGGGCAGGAGGGGAGCUGCUCGUUGCCGGCCCCACAAAUCAGUAUGGCCGCUCGACAUCGUGGUCCGCUUGCUCGCUCGCUCGGAUUUAAUGCAGGGAAGCAAGGUAGCCUACGUGAUGCCUGCCCCACUCGACAAUUGAGUUCGGGUUGGCGAGUACGUUCGGUGUACUCUCGUACGGUGUGACCUUUUUCUGUAGUGUGGGGAACAAGUUAUACUUAGGCGGCGAGUGUGAAGCUGCAACAUGGCAUUUAACUAAAUAUAUUUUCCUGCAGCUGAGCAUGUGAGAGCCAUCACUGAGGCAGUGCUGCUGGCGCCGUGAGACAAUAUCCUUGUCCUCAUCGACGUGAAAGUUUGGUGGAACUCCACCCGCCCUCAGGUAGAACAGCCAGCCGGAGGACAAGGAGAUGUUUCUACUUUUGUUUCUCUAUUCAUGUAUGUUAUUAUUUCUUCCCAGGUAGACAAUAUUAAACAUGUUUUUUUAACUUUUCUUUAUCCGCAGCCAGCAUCACUCUGUCAGCCAUCCCAUGGACUACGGUGAUCAAGAAAUGACGGGGUGCCGGCAAUCUGAUUGCGACCGACUCGUGGGGAAAAGAACUUUCCAUUUCAUUGGUUUACUCGAGCCGAGUGCGGAAUCGACAAGAACGAGGAGGCCUCUCUGCGAUUUGUACCGGUGCCGAUCCGCGUUGUGUGAUGCUGAUUGGAGGGAUGGACUGUCCGAUCAGAGCGGGACAGGCUUGUCGUUGGUGUGGGACCUGUUUGCAGCAGGUCGAGGGCGAAGCGAAGGCCUGCUGCGACCAUGUCAUGACCCGACAUCUGCGGGAAGUAUCCCUGUAUUCGCGACGAGGGGUUCGUGAACUCGUGAUUUGACGGACACCUCGAACAUGCAUUUUGCGGAGUCUUCUGCUGUUGCAUUCAUUGUACAUAUUCACUGAUCCCAGGGGUGAGUCGAUUCUUCUGAUAUAUAUCUGUUUGUGACGAUAUAUAUAUACUUGUUUUUUUUUUUUUCCCUAGUUGUUCUAGGUAAUUAGAUUUUUUUCUUGUUAUUUUUUAUAAUUAGAUAUAUUAUCAUAGACAGACAGAUAGAAUCUUAGUAUGUUACAUGCAUCGGCCUCGCCAUUGCUGGAUCGAGCUCCCGCUUGUUAGCAGCGCGAUGCGGCCGAGGGUUCUCCUUAGCGUCGCUGUCGGUUGAUGCUUAGGUAAAAAAAAAAAAAAAAAAUGUCUCGAGGUUUUUCCGCACGGAGAUGUACUUCAGAUUCUGCAGAAGCUAUAUUGUGGAUUCUGAAUAGCCUUGCUUAAAGAAUAGCUAUGGCUGUAGCCUUCGAUUCUCCACACGGAGAAUAGCCACGUGUUCGUUUCGCUUCUGCCAUAGCUUUUUUUUUUUUUUUUUUUUUUUUUGUGGGAAUGAAUAGCCUUUUGGAUCUUCCGCAAGGAUGAGUAGCACAGGAGCGAUUGUGGAGUAGCCUUGCAGAUCAUGGCUAUGGCGGAGACAGACAAACGAACGAACGGCUCUGUUUCGAUCGUGUGUGUGUGUCGAUCGAUCACAUAGAAACGUUUUUCUUGGCCAAGUGUGUGGCCAAUUUUUUUCGUUUAAUUGAUUUGGGUAAACAGGAGGGGGAAACAUAACAAAGAAAAGGGGGAAAGCAUUGAGCAUCUUCUCUCUCUCUCUCUCUCUCUCCCCCUCCCUCUCUCUCUCUCUCACACACACACAGACACUCUCUCUCUCCCCCUCCCUCUCUCUCUCACACACACACACACACACAGACACUCUCUCUCUCUCCCCCUCCCUCUAUCUCUCUCACACACACACACACACUCUCUCUCUCUCUCUCACACACACACACACACACACACACACACACACACAUAUUUGGAUUGCGCUUUUUGAACGAUUGAGGUCGGUUGGGGUCCUCACAAUCCCGACCUGGAGAUCUCUCCUUUUCUACCCAGCUCAUGGGACCUAAUCAUGGUACGUAGUACAUUGAUGCAAUUGUUGACGAACAGAUAAUAAUGUUGUUAGGGGAUAUCCCCUUGGAACAAAACUUUUCUGCUACCUCCUCCUCUGUAGCUGUUGGACUUGUUCAUUCUCCCAGCUCGAUAAUUUGCCUCCAGCUC